CAUUCAGACCCUUAUACCUAAACAUAUGCAUUUAUAUAAUACUAUCUGCGUUGUUUAGCACAUCAUCGAUCAGUUCCAUUUACAAUUUUCAUUUUUUCAAUAUGAGAUGAAACAUUACUCUUUUUAAAAUUUGGCAUCGACCUUCUGACUGUAGGUAACACGUAUCCUAGUUUGAAAGCAGAGUUUUUAGUUUGUCUGAUCGAAUAAGAGAAAUGCUGACGAUUAUUAUAAAGUUACUGUCUGGAAUCAUGUUCGCCCAAGACAUUACACAGCUUUGGAAAAUCCUGACUAUGCAGCAGGAAAAUCAAUUGGAAACCCGAGGUGUGUGCAGUAAAGGAAAAAGUAGAUAACUUCACUUUAAAGAGAAAAUAAGCAUAUAUGCGGAGUGUCUGUAAUGCUAGGCUCACAGGCUGGUGCGGUGAUAUACAGUUUUCUCUUUGUCUUGAGGUGUGAGUCGCACGCGACAGAGAUAGAGGAGAUUUUAGGAGUGCCCGUGGCUAAAAAUACAGUGAAGGAGGCAGAGAAGUAAAAGCUCCCUUGUUUGGAAAGGGGAAGUGAACGUAACGCAGACCACGUGACUAAAACCAGGAAGUGAAUCGAGUGUCAACAAUAAAUGAUAGAGAUGACUUCUUCAGACUGGCACCUGUCUCUUAAGCUGGUGGAUCAACCCAAAUCCAUCUUCCACUUCCCAGAAAUGAUGCCAGGAGAUGUCCCACCUGGAGGAUACAGAAUCGCUACUUUAAAACAACUUGUUGCAGCACAGAUCCCAGACUCCAUCCCAGACCCUGAGCUAAUAGAGCUGGUCCACUGUGGACGGAAACUUAAGGAUGACCUAACUCUGGAUGCCUGUGGGAUUCAACCUGGAUCCACCAUACACAUCCUCAAAAAGACUUGGCCUGAACCAGAGAGCAGUUCAGAGCCUGUGAACAGAGCAACUGCAGCCAGGGAGUUCAGGGUGUUUCAUGCUGCUCUUCACUCUCUCAACUCUGCCUACAGAGACUCAGUAUAUAAAAUGCUAACAAAUAAAGAGUCUCUGGAUCAGAUCAUCGUGGCCACACCAGGGCUCAGGUCAGACCCAGUCGCCCUCGGGGUGCUCCAAGACAAAGAUCUCUUUGUGCAGUUCACAGACCCUAACAUGCUGGAUGUAUUGAUCAGUUCACACCCGGCCCUCGUCAACGCCAUCAUCCUGGUCCUGCACUCUGUGGCAGGCAGCAUGCCCGCUCAGUCCAGUGCCAGCUCGUCUCGUAAUGUCUCUGGCAGUUCUUACAGCGAUAUGCCAGGGGGCUUUAUGUUUGAAGGCAUGUCUGACGACGAGGAAGAUUUCCAGUCCGGGAGCCCAGCAGGACCCUCCAACAGGGCAGGAGGCUCAGCAGGAAUACGACCGGUGUCUCUGAGCCACAGUGGAGCGACAGGCCCUCGACCAAUAACACAGAGCGAGCUGGCAACAGCCUUGGCCCUCGCCAGCACCCCUGACAGCAGUGCGGUCACUCCAACGACUUCAAGCACGGCGGACCCCUCCAGUGGCGUAGCCCCGAUGCCAGCAGGGACCCCAGUCAGUAACGAUCUCUUCAGUCAGGCCCUACAGCAAGCUCUGCAAGCCUCCAACAUGUCUGCUUUACAGGGCCGCUGGCAGUCCCAGAUGCAGCAGCUCAGGGACAUGGGGAUCCAGGAUGAGGAGCUGAUGCUGAGGGCGCUGCAGGCCACAGAUGGUGACAUACAGGCUGCCCUGGAGCUCAUAUUUGCUGGAGGCCCAGGACUCUGAGUCAGUACCCCAUGGAGGAAGGCGUUUAUAGAGGACAGAGAGCAGGAAAAAUCUUGACAUCCUGCUGCCCAGACAUGAUAUAUUCUGGCUUUAGACAUACACUAUACAGAUUUUUUACCCCAUUUCAAUACUGUAUCACAUCUGAGCUCCUCAAAGGUCAUGAUAGCAUUUUCUUAUUGAUGUGAGUGGACUUGUAAUAAAUUUAAACAUGCUUACCUCAUCAA